UGUAUACCGCCUUCUAAACAGCUCUGAGGUUCGGACGCUCUUACGUGUUUUUGCGUAAACCUUCCCUUCUUCCGAACCUCCGAGCUGCUUUGAAGGCGGCAUGAUAGUAGGUAGCAGAGUGGCAGAACACCGCGGCUGCGUUGCCGUGACGUCACGGCCUCGCAGCGGCGGCCAGUCCUCCUCCGAUGCUGAUGAGACAAGGAGGCUCCAUGAUGCUCUCAGCCGCCGGGAUCGUCCUCGCCUUCUCCUGGUUUCUCCCUGGAUAUGCUCUCUAUUUCCACAUAGGAGAAACAGAGAAGAAAUGCUUCAUCGAAGAGAUCCCCGACGAGACUAUGGUCAUUGGGAAGUACAGAACCCAGCUGUGGGACAAGCAAGCCAACUCCUUCCUACCAGCCACCCCGGGACUAGGAAUGCAUGUGAAGAUUAAGGAUCCAGAUACCAAGAUUAUUCUUUCCCGUCAGUAUGGGUCUGAGGGAAGGUUUACCUUCACAUCCCACACUCCUGGAGAGCACCAAAUCUGUCUGCACUCUAACUCAACCAAAAUGGCCCUGUUUGCAGGUGGAAAACUGAGAGUGCAUUUGGACAUUCAGGUGGGAGAACAUACUAACAAUUACCCCGAGAUUGCCGCUAAAGACAAACUCACUGAAUUACAACUGAGAGUUCGACAACUUCUAGAUCAAGUUGAACAAAUUCAGAAGGAGCAAAACUAUCAGCGGUAUCGAGAGGAGCGCUUCCGCAUGACCAGCGAGAGCACCAACCAGCGAGUCCUCUGGUGGUCUAUCGCCCAGACGCUCAUCCUCAUCGUCACCGGCAUCUGGCAGAUGAAGCACCUGAAGAGCUUCUUCGAGGCCAAGAAGCUGGUCUGACUUCAGGUUCUCAGCAGGCGUCACAACGUGGCUUGAAGAGCUUCCAGAGACUUCUCUGACCAAAGUGGGGAGAGUUACUCACCACACGGGGCAGAAAACACCGUGCAAACAGAGGGAGGUCCCGCCAUAACAAGAGCACAGAUAGACAUUAAGAAGACCGGAGCAUUUCAAACUAUUAUCAGUUAACCAAGGCGUCGUUGUUGUUUAUUUAUUUAGUGUAUCAUUAUGCAUUUUUACAUUGAUUUGCUUCAAUAGUUUCCUCUUUUGCGUCUGACCCACCAUUUUACUUCUCCUGUAAAAAAAUGUUAAAAUGUUAAUAAAAUAUCAUUAUCAUAUCAUCAGUCAUGAUCAUGCAGGAAUGAAGAAAAUCUGUUUGGCUAUUAUGGACAAUAAAUAGGGGCAUCUUCUAGUAGGGAAACACAUAGUCAUUUUUCUUAUGUUUAUAUAAUAAUCCAAUCUCUAUUCCAUUAAAUUUAAAAAAGCUUAAAUUGUGUCCUGUUUUAGGUUGCCUUAUUCUAAACAAUUGUUGCCUAUUGUUUAGUUUCUAGGUAGAAUCUGAAACCAGAUGGCUCUAUAGAUACUGUUUGUGAUACUAGUAAACCGAAACCAAAUUAAAUUUGUAAAUAAUGGGUCGAAGGUUUAUACGUCAAAGGUAUUAUUUUCUUCUUGAAGGGGGGGAACAAGCCUCUGGAUUUAUCAGUGUCAGAGCAUCAGUUAUGAUCUAUGCACUACAUUGGUAACAUCAAUCUAAUGGUUCAGUAAUGAAGGUUUUUAUCUUAUUUAUGAGGCAAAGCAUUUGUAAAUGCAUUGCAUUUUUAUAACUGCAUUUGUGAUCUGAAGUAUGGAAUGCCCUUUCUGAUUCUCAAAUUGAAUUUAAUAUUGCAUUUUGGCACGCAAAUAGCUCACACUCUUUAAUCAUGACUAUGCUGUCUUACAUAACUGAAUAUAAUCAUGCAUUUAAUAAAGAUCUGUUUUGCGAA